AUGGAGAGGAAGGAGGUCGAGGAGCCGGUUUCAGACGCCAACACAAUGGUUGAGAAGCGCGAGACCGAUACCGAGAAUGAUUCUACACACACACUCCAACCGGGGGAGCAGAUGCCCGAGGACCAAUUAUCACCGGACGACUACCCAAAAGGGUUGCAAUUCUUCUUCAUCCUUCUCUCUCUGAUCCUAUCUAUCUUUAUGGUCGCGCUGGACUUGACAAUCGUCGCAACCGCCAUCCCCAAGAUUACAGACGACUUCCACAGCGUCUCACAGAUCGGCUGGUACGGAUCUGCCUUCUUCCUGACUGUGGCUGCCUUCACCUCGCCAUGGGGUAAGGCCUUCAAGUACUUCACGCUGAAGUGGACUUAUCUCCUCGCCGUCUUUAUUUUCGAACUUGGAAGUCUCAUCUGCGCCGUUGCUCCUAACAGCACGGCCUUGAUUGUUGGGCGUGCUAUUGCUGGGCUGGGCGCUGCUGGAGUUGCUUCUGGCGCCUUCAUUCUUGUCGCUUUCAUUGCACCGCCAGAGAAGCGACCUGCGUAUUUGGGACUCAUCGGCGCUUCGUAUGGUAUCUCGGCCGUUAUUGGACCAUUGCUCGGUGGUGUAUUCACUGAGAAGGUGUCUUGGAGAUGGUGCUUCUAUAUCAACCUCCCAGUCGGUGGCCUCGCCGCAGCUAUCCUAGUAAUCUUCUUCAACCUCCCCGCGCACGUCAAGCCCGCCAAAGCCACCCUCCGCGAAAAGUUCCUCCAAAUGGACCCCAUCGGAAUAGCGCUCAUCAUGGCCGCCGUAGUCUGCUACAUCCUCGCUCUGCAAUGGGGCGGCGUGUCCCUGCCCUGGAGCAACUCCAAAGUCAUCGGUCUCUUCGUCGGUUUCGGCCUGCUCAUGGUCUGCUUCUGCAUCGAUCAAUACCUCCUCGGUGAGCGCGCCAUGCUUCCCCCGCGCCUCCUCAAGAACCGCUAUAUCUGGCAAGGGAUGAUGUACUCCUUCACCAUCGCCGGCUCUUAUUUCCUAGUCCUCUACUUCCUUCCCAUCUACUUCCAAGUCAUCGACAACGUCUCGCCCAUCCAAUCAGGCGUGCGCAAUCUCCCUUUGAUUCUCGCCAUCACCCUCUCGACCAUCGUCUCCGGCGUUGGCAUUACCGUCACCGGGCGCCCAAUGCCAUUUAUGAUCGUCGGCGGCGUGCUCACCUCCAUCGGCAUCGGGCUCCUCUACACAUUGGACAUCGGCACCGGCUCGCCAGCAUGGAUUGGCUACCAAGUCCUCGUCGGCCUGGGCCUCGGGUUAGGGUUCCAGGUCCCGGUCUCCGCAGUCCAAGCCACCCUCCCUCAAAUCGACAUCCCGACCGGAUCAGCAAUGAUCAUCUUCGUGCAAACCAUUGGUGGCGCCUUCUUGGUCUCCGCAGGGACUUCCGCGUUCCAAGCCAAGCUCACCUCCUCCCUCCAAGCUUCAGAUGGCAACGUCGACCCAUUGCAGGUGAUCGGCACAGGAGCAACGGAUAUCAGGCGCGUGUUCUCCGCCACAGACCUCCCAUUUAUUCUAAGAGCGUAUGUGGAUGGGAUUCAAACUGCGUUUAUUGUCUCUAUAGCCCUCGCCGUGGCGUGUACGUGCAUUGCGUUUUUGGGGAAGUGGCAGAAGUUGAAGCCGGCUGAUGCGCCGACGACGGAGGGUGUGGAGAGUGCUGCGGAGGAGAAGGUGGAGGAGGACUCUAGAGUUUAG